AUGGCUUCUAGAUCUCCGGCCGCUGCUACUCCGCUACCCAAGUCCUCGGUUGCGCCCGAGAGUCCUUCCAAGGAGGCGAACACGACUCCGACACCCCAGACUGUUCCUUUCCCUUCACCACAAACAUUUGAGAUACUCCCACAACUCCAUGGAAUUCUUCUUCGUUUGCUUUCGCAGAAGACCACAGGAAAUGACGCUGUAGGGGGCCCAGAAAUUGCAGGCACAUCCACAGAGGCACACCCAGAUGGCCAGCAACCACCGUCAAACAUCCCCGGCGAGGCCAAUGACCCUACAGCUUCUCAAGCUGCAGCAGGUGCUCUCGAUCCAAAUGCCCCUCCGCCACUCGACGUCAAAGAUCUCCCAACUGAAACCCACUCGGUCAAAAUUCGAAUCCAAAAGGCACGGGCGGUGGUAGAAGGACUUCCAGACGUGCAGCGAUCUGUCGAGGAGCAACAAGACGAAAUUUCUGAGCUUGAGGACCGUGUGGCCCGUUUACGUUCUGUCAUUUCAGACUUUGGGACCCGGGCAGGGCAGGACCCGCUGGAUCAUCCCAGAGUGACAGUGGCUUGA